AUGUCGAACGGGCGUCCGAGCAACCCAGAGCCGCGCUUGCUGCUACAACAUCAUUCUGAGCAACGGCAAAGGCAGUCGCCGACAACGGACACCUACCAUCAGUACCAGCGUCCCCCCCCACCGCCUCCCCAGUGCAACACGGACUACGGAAACAGCGACCACGAAUCAGCAGCGUCAACCCGCGGUGCUCACGGUCAACAGCAGCAACCGCCAUCUACCCCGUCGCAGCACAUGGACGAUAGCCAGCAACAUAGAGGGUUUGGAGCCGUAGCCCACCCUGUGCAGGCGCACUACCACCCACAGGCGCCGCAGCCACCUCCUCACAGGCGGCAGGACGUACCGCCACCGCUGCCGCAGCAGCUACACCCUCACGGGCAGCUACAUCCUCACGGGCAGCCGUACUACCCCCAGCAGCCACCGCAGCCACCUCCUCACGGGCAGCAGGACGUGCCACCGCUGCCGCAGCAGCUACAUCCUCACGGGCAGCAGCACUACCCCCAACAGCCGCCGCAGCCUCAGGAUGUACCGCCGCCGCCGCCGCAGCCUCACGGGUAUUCGCACACCGACACGUAUAGCAUGCCCCCGGUUAUCUACCCGAACAAAAAAAAGACGCCACGGGCGUCUCUGGCCUGCGAUAGUUGCCGGGAGCUGAAGGCCAGGUGCGACGAGGGGAAGCCGUGUAAGAGCUGCCGGGAUAGGGAAAUAGAGUGCACAUACCGGAAACCGGUACCACCAUCUGCCACUAUCGAACAAUUAUGCACAAAGACGACAAUAUUGCAGGAGACGGUGCAAAACCUCACGCAGAAAUCACACACAGAUAAUGAAAAAUUGCAGGGGGUGGUGCAGCAACUCGCGCGGCAGCAGACGCGCGCCGACAUUCUAAUAUUAUCCAUGAUUGCCGGGUCGCCAGGCGGCACAGUCUGUCUGGGCACCCCGUCAUUAGCCGUGUUGUUAUCGUGGCCAACAAUCUCCGAAAGCGUGCAGUGCCUGCUCGCAGCCGAGGGCAUCCGCUUCCCGCUCGAGUACCCGAAACUACAAGAGCGGCAGCGCCGCAACAUCUGCUGGCACGGUCGCUGCGAGAACAUCAUAGGACCCAGUCCGUUCACCGACGUCGAGCUUAUCAAGGACACACCCUUCCAGCCCAACGGCGACCUCGACCUCCACGCGGACACGGUGUGGAAAUACGUCAACAGCUACGAGGACAACAUACAAAACAUGUACCCUUUAAUCAUCCCCAACAAGCUGCGCGUUAUGGUUGCGAUGGUCCUCGAAACCGCGUCGAAGGCGUCCACCACUAAGACCGGCCGGGCCCGGGGUCAAGCAGCCUCGCUCGAGCGGCCACAGUCCCAAACAGCCGAGAAUACAUUGAAGCGGAAGCGUGAGUCGGAACAAGGCAGCGGCGACGGCACCCUCGCCGCACCGUCGGGGCCUCGUCUCGGCCAGACGUCCUGCAGCAUUGAGAGUGCGCUCGUCCUCAUGGUCCUAGCGCUCGGCAAGAUUUGUCUGCACAAGCGCGGGUACACCCCGGCGGUUCCCAGCACCUCGGCUACAGAGACGCGCGACAUCGACAAGGACAUUGGCCGGGACUACUUUACAGCAGCGAUUAAUAUCUUCGGCGCUCUCCCAGACACCAAGCUCGAGCACGUGUGGGUUUGCAUCCUUGGCAGUCUCUAUUACGACCAGCUAGGGCGGCCGAUCCAGAGCCUGGAGCUGGUAACCGGCGCGGGCCGCUAUCUGCAGGACAUCAUCCGACCUGACCUGGAGCGCUACAAAGAAAUGCGCGCCGACGUGGAGCAACAACACGACAACAGAGACACUGCGACGCGCGUGGCCGACAACCAAAACUUGGUUGCAGCUUGGACGUGCAUGAUGCAAGAGAGUGGCAUCUUGGCCGAGUUGCAACAGACGCCGUCCAACAUGCUCUCCUUCGAGCAGCAGCUGCCGUACGCGUGGGUGGCUCAAGGCUUCGACUAUUACGUACUUGAGGCGUUCGCCUCACAGAUACACCUAUACGUCCUCGCCAAGCUGAUCCACAGCAGCGUGUCUGACGACCGCCAGGGCCAGGCCAAACACCGUAUCAUCAUUGCUUGCAUUGCUGUGUUACGGAGACACGCAUCGCCCAACCCCGCGUUCCAAAACGGCCCACUCUUUAACCACAACCUGCCGGCGACUGAUAUCUUGGCUGCGCGCCUGCGCGCCACAUACUGGCGCGCGCAGGUCACUGUGCACCGCAGUUUUAUUCAGCACAUCCUCGCGUUUAACCACAAAAAGCAAGUGCGCAAGGAGAUGUCGGAGGAAGCCUUAAAGGACGACAUGGAGCGGCUUGAUGAACUCGCCGAAGAAGCCGAAGCUGUCAAUGGGCUCACCUUGGAGCUGGCGAAGCGCGGCAUCGAGGCGCUCGUUCAAAGUACACGCGCCUUCCAUAACCUGCCGGACCAGCGAUUCGUCAUCACCAACGUGUUCGGCACCGCGCACGCACAGUGGGGUAACCUUCUCAUACUGGACUCCGUCCAGCGCGACCCCGAUCUUGGUCGCUUCAUCGACAAUGCCACGGUCAACGACCUCUUCCUUAAAACCAUUGCUUUUUUAGAACGCGUCGCAGAGCCCGCCAGCUCCCUCAGCUGUGACCUGCACAUCCUGAGAGGCUUGUUGAAAAAGAAAGACGGCAAUAGAAGGGGCGAGGUCGAGGCCGACCCCCUGAUGCCAAAAUGGUAG